UUUUCGCAUAAAGUAUUUAUUCAAGACAUAUAUCUCUCGUUUUUAGUUCUCCAAAACAGUCCGAAACUUCUCGAGGUUGUACAGAAACACCUCAAGCCUGCAAAUCGCUUACAUACCAACACGUUCAUUCCUGAUCCUCCAACCAUAUUGAAUUCCUAUUCGUCUUACAUUCCCGUCUUGCCCAUCCAGGGAAAAGUGGCUGCACCCAGGAACUUACCCCUCACUCCAAAUUCACUCACAUAAAGAACGUGAUAAAGAGCUUCCUCCUACCAUGUCUAAAAAUCGUCCAAGUCCCCCUUCCCUUACAAUCACGACAACAACACUGAUACCACCCACAAAUCUCAUUGCCGUAUCUUCAAAUUCACUGAGUGCUGGUACACCAUCUUCAUCAAUCCCAACCUCCUCCGCAACCACGUUAUCAGCAAUUUCAUCCGUAGCCAAGUCGGCACUACCGAUUUCGAGGGCUGGAUUGAGCAGGAAAAUGACGGCACUUCCAAUUAGGGGGGCAGUGCAAGAGUUUGAUUAUAUAGUCAUCGGCGGUGGUAGCGGUGGGAGUGGGACGGCGAGGAGAGCCGCGGCGCCGAGGAUAAAGGGGAUGGGGAAAAAGGUACUUUGGUGGAGAGUGGGAAGAGUGGUGGGACUUGUGUUAAUGUUGGGUGAGUAUUGGAAGUGUUUCUUCUGUGUUUGGAUUGCGCCGAAUGGAGCUGUACACACAGCUUCCGAGGGAGAAUUGGAGCAAAUUGAGUCGAGUGACUUGGGAUGAUGCAUUAAAGUUAUUGUAAAGUGUACCAAGGAUGAGACACAGUGGUGGGUGUACUUGAGUUAGGAAAACAUCUAUUUGUCAUUUGAUAUCCGCUUUUUAGAUUUGCGAAGGAAUUUUCCUCCUGAUGAUCUUAUAAGUCUAUGAAGGACAAACACUAACAACAAGUAGCUGUGUCCCCAAGAAACACACUUGGAACUUCUCCUCUAUGUCUGAAGCCCUUCGUGCUAGCCAACACUACGGCUAUGAAACCCCUUCCAAUAUCCCUUAUAACUACGCCGCGUUCAAAGCAAAACGCGACGCCAACAUCGCCGGUCUUAAUCGUGGCUACGAAACCAACUGGGAGCGGGAGGGGAUUACUCUCGUUCGUGGAGCUGCCAGAUUCAUUGCUGCGAAAACUAUCGCUGUUGAAUUAGUAGAUGGAACGGGCGUUGAAACAUUCAAAGCUGAACAUAUCUGCGUAGCCACUGGAGGCAAACCAAUUGUUCCGGAGAUUCCCGGAGCGCAAUUUGGAAUUACAAGUGAUGGAUUCUUCGGGCUCGAGGAAUUACCCAAGAAGAUAGCAAUUGUUGGUGCGGGAUAUAUAGCGGUUGAAAUGGCGGGAAUGUUGAAUGCUCUUGGAGGAAUCGAAGUACAUAUGUUCAUACGAGGCGACAAGAUCUUGCGAAAAUUCGACCCAAUGAUUUCAGAGACGAUGACGAAGACAUAUCAGGAAGCAGGGAUUAUCAUUCACAGGGGAUAUAAGAACUUUGCAAGAGUAGAAAUGUUUAGUGGGAAGAAAACGGCGGAGGAAAAGGUGUUGAAUUUGAGGUGGGAUGGGGAUGACGGGAAAGGCUUCGUUGUUAAUGAAGUGCUUUGGGCAGUGGGGAGGAGCCCGGAUACCGAGGACUUGGAUUUGGGAGUUGCCGGGGUGUUGACGGAUGAGAAGGGACACGUUAGAGUGGAUGGGUUUCAGAACACUAAUGUGGAGGGUGUGUAUGCUUUGGGGGAUGUGACGGCUCAGUUACAGCUUACGCCUGGCAUGUAUUCCUUUACACAAUCUUAUGGAUGAUGAAAUGCGGUAUAUCUAACAAAAUAAUAGUUGCAAUAGCGGCUGGCCGUCAACUCUCCAACCGACUCUUUGGGCCCGCUCAGUUCUCACAAUCCGCGCUCUCCUACAACUUUGUUCCAAGCGUCGUAUUCGCACAUCCCGAAGUCGGCACCAUUGGGCUAACCGAACCGCAAGCUUUGGAAAAGUAUGGGGCCGGCAAUCUCAAAAUCUAUCACACGAAGUUUGCAGCUAUGUUUUAUGAUUUCUUUCCGGCGGAAGAAAAGAAACAUUUACCGACCGAGUUUAAAAUCAUUUGCGAGGGGGAGGAGGAGAGAAUUGUGGGGUUGCAUUUGAUAGGACUAGGGGUGAGCGAGAUGUUGCAAGGGUUUGCUGUGGCGGUUAAGAUGGGGGCUAGGAAGAGGGAUUUUGAUGCUUGUGUGGCGAUCCAUCCGACGAGUGCUGAGGAGAUCGUUACGAUGAAGUAGGCGUUGGGUUUGUGGAGGGAAAUGGGGAUUCUAGGCAGCGUGGGAUGGGAUGGGAAUAAGGGGGCAUAAGCAAUGGACGUGUGGACUGGAUAGAAAAGGUAAUUGGUGGUAACUUGAACAAAAAUAAUGGGGUGGAUGUAUUAUGAACGCUAUUGGUACAAUGGAUUUCUGGACAUAGGGAUUUGAUCAUGGCAGUGAAUUCUAGACUUCUUUUUUCUGAAAUUGAACAUAGAAACACGAACUGAUGAAUGAAACUUGUAUU